AUGAUUCAAGUUCCUGUAACACACAAAAUUAAUCAUCUUCUCAAUUUUCUUCUCCCUCAAUCUUCUUCCAUACUUCUCAAUCUCUGCAAAUUAUGUGCUAUUUUUCUCGCCCUAGCCACUUUUCAUACCAUUUUCAUCCUCAAAUUUCGCAAGAAAACUCCUUCUAUCUCCCCUUUUGUUGCCGAAUAUGAUUACACCGUUGACGGUGACGAUGACGAUGACACUUGCUCAUUAUCGUCCACGCCAUCGGAGUCUGAAGACGAGGACGAAGAAGAGAUGGAAGAAGAAAAUAGAACCAGUGAGUGUUUCCGAUAUAGAAGCUCCGACGACGGUGACGGCGGAUUUCUAAGUAGUUGUCGUAGCAUUGGUGAUAUGUUCUCGCUUUCGGAGAUUACGAAUAGUAAAAGCGUUGUGAAGCUUUGGGAUUCCCUAGGGUUUGGGUUAGGGUUUGGAUUAGACGAUUGUGAUUCAUCUUACGACGGAGGUAUCGUGGCGGCUUACGGCGCUGAGGAGAAGCUGAAUGCGGCGUCGUCAGAGAUUAUGGAUUCAGCGGUGGCAAACGCGUCGAGGAAUCUGGCAUUGAGUAUAUGGGACACGAGGGUUCGGCGUAGGAUACCGGCGAUCAUCGGAGAAUGGGCGCCCGGCAUCGGAAAGAGCGUUGGAUUUGUUUCCGGUGGCGUGGAGAAGGUUUACGUGAGAGAUGACGGACGUUAUGAAUUGACGGUUGGUAACAUGAGGAAAUAUGUAACGGAAUCACAACAAGAUUUGUGGUGGCCAAAUUCCUACAUGCUUAAAAUUUAA